GACGUCAGACUGCUCAAACUGACAGCACAAGCGUGUGUGAAGCCGCCAACUGUUUCCCCCAGCGACUCCUGCAAAGUAAUAAGCAUCGGAUUAAGGCCCCGAUGGAGCGAUAGUGAUCACCUUAGGAUUUUCAGAAAAUGAUUUAGCCGUCCCGCAAUCCCCCGCACCACAGACCAGAGGAGAGGAGGAGAGCGUCUGCUUUGCUGGUGAUCUGCAGGUUGGACGGACCAGCGAGAUUUGAGAGAGGGCAGAAGAAAAACACAAAGGGAUGGGUUGUGGCGGAAGCCGGGCUGACACUAUCGAGCCCAGGUACUACGAAAGCUGGACCAGAGAGACGGAAUCAACGUGGCUCACCAACACCGACACGGAUGCGCCUUUGCCAGUAGUGCCCAACGUGUGCAACAACGCGAACGAGCCCAAUGCGUUGGACAAGGGGUCCAUGCAUGUGUACACCAACACUUCGGAAGGAAGCACUCAAACUCAUACCCACGUAACCGUGUCUUCUAAUGUACAGGAACAAGUAAGCACCAACAAAAUGACAUCUACAGUUGGAACAAACACACGCAGUGGAAAACAACAGUCGGCGCGUGUUCCAGGAGCAACGGUACAGAAAAGGCAUAUAUUUAGAACAGAUGAGAAGAAAAAACAGGAAACCAAGAAAGUAUUAGCAAAAGAAGUCAACAUUCAUGUCACCAAAAGCAUCUGUUCAAUUGAGUCAGAAGGAAGAAAAUUGGAAAACUGUGUGAAGUAACAAUCAACUUAACCAGGAUCUUACAGAAAAAAUCAAUGCUGUUUGCACUUUACAAAAGUUCCUUUGCCAGACUUGAAGAAGACUUGAAGAAACAAAAUGCUUAAAAGCUGUCAAAGUUGUGCUGUGCCUUGAGAACCAAUAUCUGAAGAUUCAUCCAAUGACUAGAUCUUCAAAAAAAGAAUAGAGUUAAAAUCAAUAAACCAAAAUGUAUGUAUGAUUUAACUGGAAUUCUGAAUACAAAUCAAAGUAAUCUGAAAUAUGCAUGUGGGUUUUCUUAUAAAGCUAUUGCAAAUGGAUGAUUUUACAUUAAUUAUAAAGAACACUUCAUCUCUUAGUAACCUGGAUUGCUGUUCUUAAGUUCUUUAAAAUACUUCUGCUUAUUCUUUACUGCCUUUCUGUUGCCCAGGUACAUAACAUUACAUUUUCAUGAUUAGAACCAAUUGCAACAGAUUCCACUCCACAAAGUUGGUAUUGCCCCUCAAAGGUGUAAAAUAAUUAUACCACUGUGUCUUCUGUUCCACCUGGUUCAUCCUCCAAAAUAAUAUUAGUAUCUUCUUCUGUUUGACAUAACAGUUACUGCUUAAUGUUUCACAAACCGCACAGUUGUAUAAAAAUGAUUGUAUGGGCAUUGUCAGUAACUCUGUAGAACUUCUGUACGAAGUACAGGGUUUAUCACAAGUCCUCCUGAAUCAGAACACCUUGCCAUCAUCCAACAUUCUAUAGAUAAAGCUUCCAGUGGAAAUCCACAACUUGCCCAUCAUGUGGCUGUGUUUUUAAUACAAAUGAUGUCAUUUAGCAAAAUGGGAUUUCUUAACUCUUUCACACUUUGUUUCUAUAGCCUACCAUCCUGUCUCAUGAAUUCAUUGUACUGUGUGUGUUAUUUGGUUUCAUGACAUUAACUUUAAUUUGUUAGAAUUGUAAGGAUUUUGCCUGUUCAGUUUGCUCCCCUCCACUCUAGAAAGUGUCUGAUGUGUCAGAGACAUCAGAUGGCCUUUAGUAUCUUACAUAAGGAUGUAAGACUCUGAUGUGCAUCUCAUGUAUGUGAAAUGAUCUCUUGUAAAUAAAUCUAUAGCACUAAGCAUUGUACUAUGAUCUGCAAUCCAAUGCAAACAGUUCCUUUUUUUAAUGUUUCCUUAUCUUCCAACAAAAUAUUUUGUUGAACCUUCAAUACUGAGCACAACACCAAAACACAUUUCUGUAGUUUUCAUUGCAAAUAACUGGAUAUCAGUUAAACUAUAGUCAUAGAGAGCACAACAGAGUGGAAACAGGUACUUUGGCCCAUUUAGUCCAUGCCGGUCUGUUAUUCUGCCUAGUCCCAUUGACUCACACCUGGACCAUAGCCCGCCAUACCCUUUCCACCCAUGUACUAAUCCAAACUUCCCUUAAAUGUUGCAGUUGAACCUGCAUCCACCUGUUCCACUGGCAGUUAAUUCUACACUUGCACCACCCUCUGAGUGAAGAAGAUCCCACUCAGUUCCCCAUAAAUAUUUUAUCUAGCUUUGCCCUUUCCAGGGAUAUAAAGAUGAAUUAUAAUACUUUAUUUGGAACAAAUAUCAAAUAAUGGGUUUUGUUUGGAAGUCUCAGAUCAACAUUAAAUAUUACACACUUGAGACAUCCGAGAGGUAGUUCAGACAUUUGUUUAAAACAGUCCUGCUCCAUGAAACACCAUCCAACAAAAUAAGUACCGUGUCUGCAAACAUUUGCAGCUUAGCUUUCUUGUUUUGACUCAAUGUGAAACACCUAAAGUUGGUCAAACUUUUAUGGAAUUUCCAAGAUAAGGUUUGGUCAGUAUAAAUUUUAAUCUCUUGUUUUUCACUUUUAUUUUGGAAGUUAGGCUCAUCCAAAAAAAAGGUUCAUGUUCCCAGAUUGAUUUACUCACCGUAGGAAGUUUCUACUAAUUAUGCCCUUAUGUGGGGUUUCAUAGGGAAUCUUUAAGUUAUAUUUGUUUGGGUACAAGAGCAUUAAUUGGUAUCAUUUAAAAGCUCCAAUCUGUUCAAAAAAUCAUUUUCAACAUAUUAACUACCAAACAGCAAAAAUUACAUAUAGUUCCUUAUAGCUACUAAAUUGAUUUUUGCAAUUCAAGCUAUGUUUACUCAGAGGAGAUUAACUAUAAAUUCUUACCAAAAAUGUUUAUUUUAUUAGAAAUCAUCUUUCAGCUGUAUUAAGAAACUAUGCUAUUCCAAUACUUUUGAACAUGAGAAAAAUAUAAUCAGUCAUGUUUUUUAAAAUACUAACACAAUGUACUAGGAAAAGAAAUUUAUUUUAAAUUAUAUGACAAAAUUCACACAUUUGGACCAUACACUUGCACUAUUUUGAACAUGUGUUGGAUUGUACAUUAAGCCCAAUGUGGAAAAAUAGCCAAAAUUUUAUUUGAAAGAAAUAAACAAUCUGUGGCUACCUUAUUAGGUACCUCCUGUACCCAAUAAAGUGGCCAUUGAGUGCAUGUUUGUGGUUUUCUGCCACUGUAGCAGAUCCUCUUCAAGGUUUAAAGUGUUGUGCUUUCAGAGCUGCUGUACUGCACACCACUGUUGUAACACAUGGUUAUUUGAGUUACAGUCACCUUCCUGUCAACUUCAACCAGUCUGGCAAUCUCCUCUGACCUCUCUCAUUAUCAAGGCAUUUUUUAACCCCCCACAGAACUGCUACUAACCGGAUUUUUUUUUUGCACCAUCCUUUGUAAAUUAUAGAGACUAAAAUCCCAGGAAAUCAGCGGUUUCUGAGAUACACAAAUCUGGCACCAACUAUCUUCCUAUCUUAAUGGUUGGUCUGAACAACUACUGAACCUCUUGACCAUGUCCGCAUGCUUUUAUGCACUGAGUUACUGCCACAUGAUUGGCAAAUUAGAUACUUGCAUUAAUGUGCAAGUGUACAAGUGUACCUAAUAAAGUUGCCACUGAGUGUAUAUGUAAUUUUAUGUUAUGAAUUAACAUAGAUCAAUGAUAUAACUCUCUGUUAUCAUCAUCAAACACAUUCACUGAUGCAGUGCCCAUGAAUGCUAAUGCUGUUUCUUUCUACAUUGUUUAAGGACCAUAUAUUUGAAGAUGAAUUUUGAAUCUCAAUUAGGAAAGGCUGUCUAUAAAUGAUUACUUAAAUCAUCUACAUAGUAGUUUUAUUAACGUUUGAAUUUUUAGUGGAAGCAGAAUGUCUAUUUAAAAGACUCCAGACAUGUAAUUGGCCUAUUGAAUCUUAACAUAACUGGAAAGCAGCAUUAAGAUGUCCUUAAGAUGGUUAGAAAACAUAAAUGCAGACAAGAUAUUUUUCGGAGUGCAUCAAAUGCAAUUUCAUCUCAAGAAGUUGUAAUAUUUACUGAUCACCUCCCAGUGCCUGACAAUCACACACAACUUUAUAUUGAAACAUGUAAGCUAAUGCCAAGUAUUAAAACCUAUCACUUCAGUAUACUAUAAGCUUCAUUCUUCAAAUUAUUUUGAUACAGCUAAGGAUGAUGAUAAUUUAUUCUCAUUACAUUUGCUUAAUCUGUAUUGAAAGUAUUAAGACAUCACAAAAAACCAUAAAAGUGGUAUGCUUCACUUGAGAGAAUACAUAAAAUGGUAUGCCUCACUUGAGGGAAUACAUAAUGCUGUUUAAUUUUGGAUGUCAAUUUCAUUUCCUUAUGGGUUGAUGAAAAUAUUGAUAUUUGAAGUGUACCUGCCAAGUGUACCUGUCAUGUACCAAAUGUUUAAAAAAUAAUCCAACAGUCUUAUUCAAGUAGAUAUCUAUUCAGUGAUGGACACUUUCUUUGAGAUUUUCUGUGUAUAGUUUCUGUAAUUUAGUUAUAUGGUUUAGAUUACAUUUAAGUUAGUGUGAUCUUUGAAAUAUUUCUGUGUCGCUUCUAUU